AGCAGCUGUAUUGGCUCUCCUCGAGUUCAGCCACGGGUUUGGUCAAGGGGUGAAGGCGAAGCUUUCUUUGUACCAAAAAGAUGGCUGGUCGAUUGUUGAUCCUGGCGGCAGCUGCUGUGGUGGUGAUGCCAAUGGCUUUUGUUGGACCCCAGGUGUCCUCGCCAUCGGUCCCUCGAGUGCAGCGGCUUGCUGAGCCGGCAGGAAAACCCUCGAAAUCCUCGUUCUCACUGACCACCUUCGAAGACACUGAAGAGAACUCCAAGAGCGCCUCCAUUGUCUUCUACUUCGUCUUGGGCUUGCUCUUCCCGCUCUUGGGAGGCUUCAACCUCGGGAUCUUGUUGGCUGCCCUAGGAUAUGGCCUCUCCUUUGGUGGCAUUGUUGGCUUUGCCAAGAAGAACGAGACCCUGAAGCCGUACACCAGCAGCAUUGAGGAUGUGGGCGCGGCGGGUGUGAAAGCCGGCGGGUACGCCCUCAAGGCCUACAACUUCGCAGCCGAGAAGGUGAACGGAUACCUUUGAGGAGCCCCCGAGUUUCGAAUCUCUUGAAAUGAAUGAAUUUGGCUGAUCCGAGAAUGGGUCUCAGCUAUAGAAUCUGGGGCAAUGGCCACAAACUUGCCAUCCAACCUGAAGAAAGCUCUUAAUUGUUGC